CUUCGUAGGAAGGCUGCUCCACUAACAUCCUGCUCUGCUCAGAGAGUGAUAUCUGGCCAAGCUUUUGUGAGCAGGAAAAAAUGUCCACUCACUACCACCAAGCUGCUAGUGAUAGCUACCUGGAACUUCUAAAAGAGGCUACCAAGAGAGAUCUGAAUCUUUCUGAUGAAGAUGGCAUGACUCCCACACUACUAGCAGCCUACCAUGGGAACUUGGAAGCCCUAGAAAUAAUCUGCAGCAGAGGAGGGGACCCCGAUAGAUGUGACAUCUGGGGAAAUACUCCUUUACAUUAUGCAGCCUCCAAUGGUCAUGCCCACUGCGUCUCAUUCCUGGUCAACUUUGGUGCCAACAUCUUUGCCCUGGACAAUGACUUACGGUCUCCUCUGGAUGCUGCUGCCAGCAGAGAGCAGAAUGACUGCGUUGCUCUCCUGGAUAAGGCUGCCACUGCCCAUAACAUCAUGAACCCCAAGAAGGUCGCCAGGCUGAAGGAGCAGGCUCAGAAAAAUGCCAGGAGGCAGAUUAAAGAGUGUGAGAGGCUCCAGGAGAAGCACCAAAAUAGGAUGGCCCGCACCUACAGCAAGGAGGAAUCUAGGACUCUUUCUUCUUCCAAGGGCACUUUCCCCAGGUCAUCCCUUUCAAAUGCUUCUGCUGCCAGCACAUUUGGGUCACUGUCUAAGGGCAUUAAAGAUACCUUCAAGCUAAGGUUCAAGAAGAACAAAGAUACAGCAGAGCAAGUAGAGAAGGAGAGCAGAAGUGGGCAAAGAAACAUGAUGGAAGUGUUCAGAGAGGAGGAGGAAGACGCAUUCUCAGGGGACUUCAAAGAGAAGCUCCAGUUCUCAGAAGAGGAGGACAGCUGUGUGCAACAUGAAUCCAUUCUCAACCGUCCAGGUCUAGGAAAUAUUGUUUUUAAGAGGAACAGAAUAUCAAGCCCCGAAGAGAUCUCAGACAGCAAGAGGGAGUUGGGAUUUAAGAUGCCCAGUGAAGUGCUUCAAAGACAAGGAGGAGCAGAGGCUGAUGAAGCUGAGGCUGAUGAAGAGGGAGAGGAAAACAGCCAUGAAGAUGAUCUGCCUUGGGAUGAGGAUGAAGUGGAGUGGGAGGAAGAUGGGGUUGAUGCCACUCCUCUGGAAGUGUUCUUACAGUCCCACCACCUGGAAGAAUUCCUUCCCAUUUUCAUGAGAGAGCAGAUUGAUUUAGAAGCUCUGUUGCUUUGCUCUGAUGAGGACCUUCAGAACAUACAAAUGCAGCUGGGUCCAAGGAAGAAAGUUCUUAAUGCCAUAAACAGAAGGAAGCAGGUGCUCCAACAGCCUGGGCAGCUGGUCGACACCAGCCUCUGAUGGAGUGUGAGGUCAACAGGGUAAGCCUGUGGCAGUGGGGUGACCUGUGGCCCACUGCAGCACUCCAGACAACAACCCCUCUCUACCCAAUGCCAGACCACUCAGAAUGGUUUCUGGGGCAUCUAGGAGAUGCCCAUCUAAGAAAGAGGCUCAAAAUCUACUCUGAGAAAUACUCUAUACAUGUCCAAAUAAACCACCAGUGAGAAACUCAAGGAGAGCUGGGAAUAAGAAAAUGAUGUUUCUCUUCAAUU